GAAGGGGAGGAGGAACAGGAGGAGGAAGGACAAGCACCUCGACUAUCGCGUCCUCACCGAAUAAGCGUCUUCUUCAUCUGCAGCUGCUUACAUUUGUUGUGUCCCACGCAGGAUGUGUACUCCAUGUUGUUUCUCGCAGCUGGCCUGCUGCUGUGGCUCAGCGGCGUGCUCAUGCUGCUGCAACUGCUGCCCUAAAAUCAAACAGUCCACGGGCACCCGAUUCAUGUACACCCUCUAUUUCCUGCUGGUCACCAUCGUCUGUGUCAUCAUGAUGUCCCCUACAGUAGAAGAUGCGAUUAAAGUGAAUAUCCCCUUCUACAGUGAGUUGUGCGAGAAGAUGAAUGCAGGGACGAACUGCAAGACCCUGGUGGGUUACUCUGCUGUCUACAAGAUGUGCUUCGGCAUGGCCUGUUUCUUCUUCAUCUUCUCCAUCUUCACCAUAGGCGUCACAAACAGCACUGGCUGGAGGGCGGCCAUACAUAACGGGUUCUGGUUGCCAAAAAUCAUUGUGCUCGGAGCCUGCUGUGCUGCGGGUUUCUUCAUUCCACAAGAGGAAACUUUUCUUGAAGUAUGGCGCUAUGUCGGAGCUGUUGGUGGAUUUUUCUUCCUGCUGAUCCAGCUCAUGUUGUUGGUGGAGUUUGCCCACAGAUGGAACACGAACUGGAGCUCAGGAGUAAAGUAUAACCGCUUGUGGUAUGCAGCACUGGCCUUGGUCACUCUCGUGCUGUUCAGUGUUGCUGUGGGAGCCGUGAUCUUCAUGGGUCUUUUCUACACCCACCCUGAGGCCUGUCUCCUCAACAAGAUCUUCCUGGGCAUCAACAGCAGCCUCUGCCUCAUCGUCUCUCUGCUUGCCAUCUCCCCCUUCAUACAGAAACUCCAGCCCAAAUCUGGUCUGCUCCAGCCUGGAGUCAUCAGUGUGUAUGUCAUGUACCUUACCUUCUCAGCCUUCUCCAGCAAACCAAAAGAAAGCUGGCCGUUUACUUCUGCAGUGGUGGAGAUUGAUGGCAUGAACAAGACAGUGUGUGUCUUUCCCUUCAACUCCGGAAAGGAAAGCGACAAGAAGAUCGUCACUGCUCUAGGAGCCGUUAUCCUGUUUGGCUGCAUCCUUUACUCCUGUCUGACCUCCACCACCAAGCGAAGCUCUGCAGCGCUGCGGGUGUGCAGGACCAGUGAGCCAGAGAUUGAGAGAGCCCGCUGCUGCUUCUGCUUUGGAGAGGACACAGAAGACUAUGAAGAGGAGAAGAGCGGUGGAGGCCAGAACGUGCUGUAUGACGAGAGAGAAGCCACCAACUACAGCUACACAUAUUUCCACUUUGUCUUCUUCCUGGGUUCCCUCUAUGUCAUGAUGACCAUAACCAACUGGUUCCACUAUGACGACCACAAGAUUGAGAAGCUCUUGGACGGAAGCGUGUCCGUGUUCUGGAUCAAGAUCUCCUCCUCCUGGGUGUGUCUGGUCUUCUACAUGAUCACUCUCAUCGCUCCCAUGAUCUGCCCCAAGCGCUUUGAGGCCUAGGACUACCACCACAAGUCAGGUGACUUCCUGUGUUGGGGGUGAUGCCAACAGUAGCUUUGAGGGUGAGCCAAGGGACCAGCACUCUUUCUUUCAUUCUUUCUAUUUUUCUUUCUUUCUAUUUCCCUUUUUUCUUUUUGAACCACCGUUCACAACUACACUCAGCUUUGGAAACGGAGGAACAAUCGUUGCCUUUGAAUACACUAUAUUACACUUCAUAGGUGACUGUUACAAUGACAAUACCUAGAUGGUAUUUUUUUUUUUUUUUACAAUAACAGUCUCCUGAAAUGUUGUAUUGCUCUCAUGUGGAUUGUGUUACAGAGUGUGAGCUUAACCUUCACUAUUUCCUAAUAGAAUGUAAAAAAAAAAAAGUUCAGUAUUAUACAUUAAAACCAUACAGCGCAUUUCCAAAGUAUUCACAGCGCUUCUCUUUUUCAACGUUUUGUUAUGUUACAGCUUUAUUUCAACAUAGAAUACAUUCAAAAUUCUACACACAAUACCCCACAGUGACAAUGUAUUUUUUUUAUUUUGCAAAUGUGUUUCACUGGAAAAACUCACCAUAUCAAUAUAUCUAAGCAAGCCUAAUACAAGUCACAAUCCCCUGAACAGUAUAUUUUUCAGUGAGACAUAAGAACUUGUUUUUUGGCAAUAGAUCUUCUUAGGAAAGAAAUACUACUUUUGAGCAUCACAAUUUUUCAAUCAAUCGAUGAAAAUCCAUCAAUAUAUUUUAUUUAACCAGUUAAAACUCAUUGAGAUCAAGAUCUCUUUUCUAAGAGUGACCUGACCAACUGGGCAGCAAAACAAAGUUACAUACUGUAAAUACACGUUACAACAACAAAAACAGCAGCAGUCUCACACCACAGUUAAAAAUAUAAAUGUGUGUUAAAAGACACAAAACCUCACAAUAUUACAGGUAAUAAUAAGUUGUAAUUGCUCAUAUCAUUGUAACUUUUAAGUUUUUAAUGCUUGAAUAUAAUGUCUGAUAUCAAGAAAUCUUACUAAGACAAUUUCGACUUUGGCACAUUUUUUCCAUUGAAUCAAAAAUAAAAAACUAAGAAAUCACAUGUACAUAAGUAUUUACAGUUAUUGUUUAUUACUUUGUUAAUGCACGUUUGACAGCAAUUGCAGCCUCAAUUAUUUUUUAAUCUGAUGCCACAAGCUUGGCACACCUAUCUUUGGCCAGUUUCACCUCAUUCCUCUUUGCAGCACCUCUCAAGCUCCAUCAGGUUGGAUGGUGAAGCGUUGGUUUUAAUCCAGGAUGUCUCUGUACAUUUCUGCAUUCAUCUUUCCCUCUAUCCGGACUAGUCUCCCAGUUCCCGCCGCUGAAAAACAUCCCCAUUUAAUACAUCUGCAAAAUGUUGUUUUUUGGUUGUUUUUUUUUAAACUCUUCACAUUGUCAUUAUGAGGUAUUGUCUGUAGAAUUUAGAGGACAAAAAUGAAUUUAUUCCAUUUGGAUCAAAGCUGUGAAGUGGAAAAAGUGAAGCGUUGUGAAUACUUUCCAGAUGCACUGUAAUUGUAGCAAAGCAAAGGGACACUUCUGUGAGGGUUAGUGUGUGUGUUUUACCCGAAUCCAUUUCUGAGGGUGUGUGUGCAAAAUCUUACAAACUCAUCUCUCAGGCUUACUUGUGUGUGUUUUGUUAUACAGUGAACCCUUUUUCUAAAUGUUUUUUAUGCAAGAAAAAAUGAGCUCUUUUUUGUUUUUGAAGCUUCUACUUGGAUGUUUCAGGUUGUGUCAAUCUCAGUGCUCCCUUUUGAGCAAAAAUCUUUUUAGGUAGAAAACAUAUGUUUUAUACAACCACUCGUCACUGUUUCCUGAGGCGGUGCUCCUUUGCAUCAAUCUGCCUUAUGUAACAGAAAUACUCGUUCCCACUCUAAGAAACGCUCGCAGCUGUUUGCCAAAGGUAGAUAUUUAAAAACUCUACUACAUGGGAAAGCUUUUAACCUGCAGAAGUUGCUGUGUUUGCAUGCACAUUAAAUCACUAAAAUCAGCUUGUUUGUGUUGUCAUAGCUCAAAAUCCCUAUAUACAGUGUGUGUGUAUAUAUAUAUAUAUAUAUAUAUAUAUAUAUAUAUAUAUAUAUAUAUAUGUAUAUGUAUAUGUGUGUGUGUGUGUGUAUCAGUGGUGUGCCGUCAGGUAUAGCAAGGCCUUCUCUGCUGGCACAAAUAACCACAAAUCAUGAUCAGAAUUACAGAUAAAAGUAAUGUUUAAUUUACUUUCCCUAAAUAUCUAAAAGUAUUCAUAUUCUCUUCAUGUCAUAUUAUGCUUCUUCCAGCGCUGUUGUUUUUAGUUUAUAUAGUUGUUAUCCAAUCAGAAUUCAGCUGGCUUGUGUUGUCAUGCUGUACCAAAUCUGCCUAGAGCCUUCAGAAUCAACAAUGCAGACGUCAGUGCACUGUAAGUGAACGGGCACAAACAUUUGACAGACAAUAGCCAAUCAGAUCAUGCGUUGUUGUCAGUAAUGCCUUCUAGAUGGCCUAAUGCCAUCUAUGAAUUACAUAUACGUCAUAUAGUGAUGUAUGAGCUAGAUAACAUAAGAACUCCAUUACCCAGCAUGCCACAGUAGUAGAGAGCAUGCCAGUAGCCCCGUUUUGGUUGUAUAAUGUAAACAUGCCCGUGUGGAGUAAACUUUUAAGAACUCAGCCAACACGCCUUGUCUGCAUCUUUUAUGAUUAGACAAGACAACACAUAUAUUUUGCAAGACCUUUUUCAAGAAGGAUACUUAAAAAGAAACUACAUCUUGUGAGACCAUGUCGGCCAACCCCGGACGCUAGCUCAGCUGUCGAUGAAAUGUGAGUUCAGAUAUUUUAUUUCUUUAUUUUUUUCAUGUUUAAAGUGUUUUUUGCAAUUUUAAUUUUGACAAUGCUAUAUACGAUAUCUUUUAAUUGCUGAUGCGGGUUUAUUGAUUUUUAAAGGCGCCAGAAAAUAACCCGUUUAGUACAAUGUCCAGUAGUGCGUGAAUAGGUUCCUGUGUAGUAUUUCUCCAGCAAUGGUCGUGUGGUGACAUAAAUGAUGGUAUUUUUAGAGGUCAUCAUUGAAGUCUGACAUCACUGAAGGCCUAGGUGGGAAACGCACGGCCCGCCACUGAUAUGUAUGUGUGUGUGUGUGUAUAUAUAUAUAUAUAUAUAUAUAUGUAUAUGUAUAUGUAUGUGUGUAUAUAUAUACGUAUGUGUGUAUAUAUAUACAUAUAUAUGUGUAUAUAUAUAUAUACGUAUGUGUGUAUAUAUAUAUACAUAUGUGUGUGUAUAUAUAUAUACAUAUGUGUGUAUAUAUAUAUAUACAUAUGUGUGUAUAUAUAUACAUAUAUAUGUGUAUUUAUAUAUAUACAUAUGUGUGUAUAUAUAUAUAUACAUAUAUGUGUAUAUAUAUAUACAUAUAUGUGUAUAUAUAUAUAUAUAUAUAUGUAUAUGUAUAUAUAUACAUAUAUAUAUACAUGUAUAUAUAUAUAUAUAUGUAUAUAUAUGUGUGUAUAUAUGUAUGUAUGUAUAUGUAUAUAUGUGUAUAUAUACAUAUAUAAUAUGUAUAUAUUUGUGAAUAUACAUAUGUAUACAUAUAUAAGUACAAAUGUAUGCAUAGAUGUGUAUAGAUGCAUAUAUAUACAUGCAUAUAUACAUGUACUGUCUAUACAUAGUAUAUGUAUAUAUGUGUGUGUAUAUAAAUAUGUAUGUAUACAUAUUCGUAUGCAUAUAUGUACUGUAUGUAUGCAUGUAUGUAUACAUAUAUACAUGCAUACAUAUAUAUGCAUAUAAGUAUGUAUAUAUGUGUAUAUAUACAUAUAUAGUAUAUAUGUAUACAUGCACACAUACAUUUGCAUAUAUGUAUGUGUGCAUGCCCCAAAGCAUGAGAUAUAUAUAUAUAUAUAUAUAUAUAUAUAUAUAUAUAUAUAUAUAUAUAUAUAUAUCUUGAUUGGAUUAUCCAGAGAAUAGUGCUCGAUACCGUGGUAGAGUGCAAUAUGUAGGUGUGGGAAAAAUUACAACACUACUUCAUCUCUACAGAGCUGUUUCAUGAGGGGUUCCCUCAAUCAUCAGGAGAUUUUAUUUAUUUUUAUUUUUUUUUCCCCAUCAUCUCCUGAUGAUUGAGGUAACCCCUCAUGAAACAGUUCUGUAGAGAUGAAGUAGUGUUGUGAUUUUUCCCACACCUACAUAUAUAUAUAUAUAUAUAUAUAUAUAUAUAUAUAUAUAUAUAUAUAUAUAUAUAUAUAUAUAUAUAUAUAUAUAUAUAUUUGUGUGUAUAUUUAUAAAUGUUAAUCAACACUGGAUGUUGAGUUUGCUGCAAUACUAACACAAAUACAGUAAAUAGUUUGUCACACGGCACCAAUAAUCCCUGUUGUUCUCCUUGAAAAAGUCUUUUUUUUGUUAUUUACUAUGUAUAUGUACAUUUGUGCUUUAAUCGUAUUUGUGAAAUACAUGUCUAUCAUUAAAAGUGUCAUUUUCACCCUU